CUUAUAAUUUGUAAUUGUGGAAUCAAAAGGGGAGUCAUAUAUGAUCAUAUGCAUGUGUAGUACCUUUUAUCAUCAAACAAUAUAUAGGCAUCAUAACCACUUUCAACCAAUGUUUUGUGUUGUAUAUAUUUUCCAUUAAUUCGACCGUUAUAUAUAUUAUAUGUAUUCAAGUUUUAAUGUGAAUGACUAUCACCCCUUUGUGAUCACCUAGUCUUUACUUAGAUUUUUUUUUAAAGUUGGACCAUAAUAUUUUUAUUAUUCUCAUAUAUCUGGAAUAAUUGAUUAUUUGUCAUGCGCUUGUUAAUAAAUUUAGUAUCAAUCAUUCCUAAAAUAUUUUGUGACUGGGAGAUGAACUUAUUGAAUAAAAAUUUAUUUGGUGUUGACCACAUAACUCUAGAAUGAUGGUAACCCUGCAACAUAUAUAAGCUUAGUUUGGCCCUGCGGUAGCUUUUGCAGAAGCAGUUUCUGGCUGGAGCUUUUAGAUAAGUACUUUUCAAAAAAAGCAGUUGAGUGUUUGGUUAUAAAACUAUUAGAAGUGCUUUUUAAUAUGAAAGAUUGUGUAAAAUGACUAUAAAAAGGACUUAUAAUAUAAAAUAUGAAUAAAAAUUCUAAACAAGAAAAAGUAAACAAAAUGGAUCUUGUUAGAUUUAUUUUAUAUUAAAUAAUAUGAUUGUAUAAUUUAUUGUAUUUUUAAAAUGAUAUAAAUGAAGGAAAAUUAUAUUUUCUGAAAUAAAAUUAAAAUAUGGUAAGGAUAAUCUUGUAUUUUCAAAACAGCUUUUUCGUAGAAACUCCAAAUCGGAGCUUGUAUUUUUAUGUUACACAAAAGCGCUUUUCGGCUUUUCAUAAAUCGAGCUUUUACAGGUGUUUGGCCCUGCUUCAGCUUUUGAAGCCUAAAAGCACUUCUAAAAGCCGGGCCAAACAUAGGGAUAGAAUCAUCAGUAUAAAACAUAAUGUUUAGAUUUUUUAGAAUUAUACAUAAUCAUCCAAUCCAAGUAAUAUAAAACACAGAAGUCGGUUGAUAUGGCUGUGGGAUACAUAUGAUAAUUGACUAAAGUGGAUUUAUAAAUAUAUUGGGAGAGAGAGAUUGCCCUAUUUUAUUAAGACAUGAUAACAAUUACAUAUGAAGGUCUAAUUAUUGAAGUGUAUGGUGUGGUGGGAGGGGAAGUGAAUCUUGGGAAUAAUCAAGGUUUAGUUUGGGCAUACAAAUAUACUACUAGCAGCUAGUCAACAAAAAUAAUUAAGAAGGCAUGAAUUGAUGACUAACAAAUUUGCUUCUCGUUUAAUUUAUUUUAUAUUCUCCCUCCCCAUCUAUCAUUCAUUCCUGCAUGUUCUCCUUCAUUCAUAUUUACUGACCGAAAAUUCAAUUAAUUUGCCUUUCCCUUUGUUUAUCAUCAACAUUUUUUGUCCUUAUAAAUACAUACCAAAUGAACCACUGAUUCACUCACCACCCACAUGCACUUGUUAUUAGUUCCUUCCUUCCUAACUAAAACAACAAUUAAUAUUCAAUAUUCCAUCUGAACUAUCCCUCCACCUCCACUUCCUCAUUCACUCUCUCUGAUCUCUCUCUCUCUCUCUAGCCAGAAUAUGAACAAGAUGAAGAAUACUAACAAUGCCAGCAGCAGCGGGACUAGCAGAAAGAACAAGAAGCAGCAGCAGCAGCAGGGUCAGCUGGAAACAGGUGAACCGGCUGCUGUGAGGUUUUUGGGAGUGAGGAGGCGACCGUGGGGCAGAUAUGCGGCGGAGAUAAGAGACCCCACCACCAAAGAGAGGCACUGGCUGGGCACGUUCGAUACCGCCGAGGAAGCCGCUUUGGCCUAUGACAGAGCCGCACGUUCCAUGCGCGGCCCACGCGCUCGCACCAACUUUGUCUACUCCGACACCCCCGCCGGCUGCUCCGUCACCUCCAUCCUCUCCCCCGACUUCUCAUCAUCCACCUUCAUUAACAACAACGACGACAACAGGAUUGUAUCCUCAUGUAUUGAACCUUGCGACCAGCAGCAACAGAUGAUGUUCAACAUGCAGGGGAGCGAAUGCUACUACCAAAAUAGUAAUAUUACCAAUAUUAAUUCUGCAGCUAGCAUUGACGACGGCCAUGGCGGGCUGCCUCCUUUGCCGAGAUGUGAGGUGGAGAACUUGUCCAUUAAUGCAGCAAGUUUUGACGACGUGAUGAUGUAUACUAUGGUUGAUUUUACGGCCAUGAAUGGCGAGGGCAACAACAACAAUAUUAACAACAUUGGUGGUGGUGGUGGUGGUGGGUACAAUAGUUUCGGCUACGAGGAGGAUUGCGUAAUGCACAGCCCGCUAUUCAGCACGAUGCCUCCGCUCCCCGAUUCCAACAACAUGAAUAUCACUUACGGUCACCACCUGCCUCUGCCUGCCGACGAUGCCUACCAUUUGGGGUCCUCCUCAGCUUACAACUAUUAUUUCUUCUCAAACUAACUAACUGACUAUCAAUAAUUGAGGCCGACACCUGCUGCCUAGUGCCUGUGUUCCUAAACCCUAUAUGCAAGUUCCCUGUUUUUCUUUUUUCUAUCUCCUUUACCGGCGUGGUUUGAGGCAUGUGGCCGCCCCUCCUUGCAUCCACAAGCACGCGAUCUUCAUCACUCAACUGAUUUCUCUCUUUUUUUUUGUAAAGCCUUUCUCAUCCUCUGAUUUCAUUCAUGAUCAUCACUUGAAUAUUGGGGAUACUUUCGAACCCUUUUCUUCAUGUACCUGGAUGUAAAUUAAGAGAGAUGAAUGAAAAUACUCUAUUCUGCCUAGACCAAAACCGUCCAGUCCAAUACAAUCCAUCCAAAGUAUAUAUAUGAAUGAUUCUAUCCUACACGGGUAAAAGUUGGAGUAUAUAAAUCUUCAAUUUGGCGGAGUUUACGACAUUGUAGAUUAAAAUUUAGUCCUUUUUUGUAAAUUUCGUAUAUUUAAUUGAUUUAUUCCUAGUGAUAUAUCACAAUCUAGACCAUGAAUUAAAUCGAUUUUGGGAAAUCAUAUUAUAGCCUAACCUCUAAUGCAUAAACCCCACGGUCUAGAUUCGCUAAACCGAAAUUGGAAGUUAAAUUUAAUAUAAAAUAAUAAUUGACUAUUGAGAUUGGCCGGAGCUCAUCGAAUUACAUUUAACGGCUAGAUAACCUGGUGUAUACCAAUCAUUACCACAUAUAUAGUAUCUUCUACGUUACCCCAGGUGAAAUCCGGGGUACCGCAUACUUUGAGUAUGAAAACGCAAUCUAGACAUCAAACUAGCAGGAUUUUUGGAAAUGAUACUAUAUCCUAACCCUUAAUGAGUGAACCCUAGGUCCUAAUUAUCUAAAUCAAACUAUAAACCCUAAGAUGGUGCAUUGAUUUUUUUGGCCUAUAUUUGGAUGAAUCAUAACCGUCGAUUAUUGUUUCUAAUUAAUUGAUUUUGGGGUAUAAGAUUUAGAGAAUUAAUGCCUAGAUUUUGAUAUUUAAGGUUUAGAGUAUAAUGUCAUGUCCGAAAGAUCAGUCAUUCCAAGUUCUGGAUAGCGUUUUCCUACUCAAGGUAUGCGGUACCCCGAAUUUCACUCUGAGUACCCUAGAACUCCAUAUAUAUAUAUAUAUAUAUAUAUGUAUGUAUAUGUAUAUAUGUAUGUAUGUAUAUGUAUAUAUAUAGUGGCGUCUUCAGUGCACUCACUUUUUUGGGUGCAUUCAAUGCACGCGCUUCAUAACCGUCAUUUUAAAAAUGAGAUUCAUGUCAAAAUGAUAUCAAUCAUCUCUUAUAAUGUGAUGAACUAUAAAGCACAUGAAUUUGGACAAAAACCAUUCAAGAUUUACUUUAAUUUGAAGGAUUUAGAGAUUCAAGGUUAGGGUUAGGGUUUACAAAUUUGGGGUUAAGGGAUGAAAUUCAAAAUUGGAGGUCUACGUCUUAGGGUAAUCCGCUAAUUAGUUGUUAUCAUAUGUUAAAUAAUCAUAUUACACUAAUUAUACAAAUUAAAGUUCAAAAUCUAA